AUGUCAGUAGCGCCUUGGAUCUGCCGCAGCUGCUUCCGGGCUCUGCGACGCUCCCACCAGCUGCAGAUUGUCCGCUUCUCCUCCAACGACGCCUCCACAUCUCUGGCCCCGAGCCUCCUCCGGCGCGCCCAAUCCCUCUCCGCAGAACACGAUGACCUGCAAAAGAGCCUCAACAGCUCCUUCGACGCCGGCAAGGCCAAGCGCGCGGGCGAACUGGGCCGCGUAGCCUCUGCGCUGCGGGCCUGGGAAAAGGCCCAGUCGUCAAUCACGGAGCUUGCGUCCAUGGCGGAGGAUCCAGAGCAGGACCCGGACCUGGCGUCGAUUGCGCGGGAUGAAUUAGAGGGGGAGCGAGCAAAGUUGGAUCUGUUGGAAAAGAGGCUCCAGGAGAGCCUUACGCCUAGACAUGCCUUUGCCGAUCUGCCCUGCAUGGUUGAGUUUCGGCCUGGGCCGGGCGGUCUCGAGGGCAGAUACUUCACCGAUACGCUCUUCAAGAUGUACAAGGCAAUGUGCGUGCGACGAGGCUACCGCGCCAACGUGCUCAAGUACGAAAUGGCCGAGGCCGCGGGCGACCAGUCCUCUUCCUCUGGCGAGCAGCCCGUCCAGGAAGCCAUUCUCGAGAUCCAGGAUCCCGGCGCAUACGACAUUUUCCGCGGCGAGGCGGGGAUGCACCGCGUGCAGCGCAUCCCGAGCACGGAGAGCAAAGGCCGGGUGCACACGAGCGCGGUGGCCGUGUGGGUGCUGCCUUCGUUUCCCGAGGGCGGCACUGGCGGCGACAACGUCGACGUCGAUGACCCGGAGAGCGACUUUUACGUCAAGCCGGAAGAGGUGAGGAUUGAGACGAUGCGGGCACGGGGUGCUGGCGGCCAGCACGUCAACAAGACCGAGUCGGCCAUUCGCAUGACGCACAUCCCUACCGGCACCGUCGUCUCCAUGCAAGAUCAUCGCUCGCAGCAGCGCAAUCGUGAAGAUGCAUGGAAGGUGCUCCGUUCCCGCAUUGCCACGCAGCGGGCCGAGCAGCGCGAGGAGGAGGCCGCCAAGCUUCGGAGCAGCGUGCUGUCGCAGGCGCAAAUCACGCGAGGCGACAAGAUCCGCACGUAUAAUUACAACCAGGAUAGGUGUACGGACCACAGGGCUGGGCUGGAUGUGCACAACUUGCCGAAUGUGUUGGAGGGAGGGGAGACGCUGGAUAGAGUGAUGGAGGCUGCGAGGGAGUGGCUGGUGGCAAGGGAGGUUGAGCUGCUGGUUUUGGAGGAAGAGGCCAGGACGAAGAAAUGAGCAAUGAGUGUACGAUGAUGACUUGGACUGUAUCAUGUAUGUCUUUGUUCUAUAGAUGGACCUUGUAUGAUAUUCCCUACAUGUAUGUGCAUGUAUAGAUGCCCGUUCCCAAAAAAGAUGGAACAACGGCACAUGUAUUUGUAUUCUCAGUAUAUAGAUCCAAUUGACGGCGGUUCACCGCUUUCGUCUUGAGCCAACUACCAAUUAUAGAGGUACUACGUACGCAUAUAAACAUCUCCGCUUGUUUGUAACAUUCCAGGUAGAUACACGCAUGUUCCCACCCAUUAUUCCAUGAUUCUUCUGUCCGCCGUAACUCCAGAUGAUUGAGCCGCUUCCCAAAUAGCCCCAAAUAAAGACAACCCUUUGCAAUAGGUGGUGUCGUAAUUCCAAUAUCGUACAGCAGAAAAGAAGAAGGCAGAAAAACCCAAAAAAAUCAAAAUCGCAAAUUAUCAUUAAAACAGGCAUGCCGUCGCUUGCAAUGUAAGACCUUCACAUUAACCCUCCCAGCACAACCUUGCCUAUGCCCGCCACUUCAGACUUGACGUGCAUCCUGCUGUGGUCUUCAAAGUCCUUCACCACGCCCUGCACAAUGAUUUUGCGAAUCCUGGAAUCCGCCUUUGUAAACAGCUCGGCCACUGGCGCCGUGCACUCCCUCGCCGACGGCACCAGCGCCAGAAACUUUGUGUAGCAGUCGAUGAGCACAUCGCACAGCGUCGCAAACGUCUCGAAAAAGUCCGGGUCAAAGGGCAGCGACGGCGUCAGCAGGUACGUGUACUCCUCGCCGGGG